AUGGAUAAGCUCUCCAUACGCUCCUAUAUAAAGACUCGCUCGCUUCUGGGUUUAGCCGCUACGGAAAUUCAUGAUGAAUUGGUCACUGUUUAUGGUCCAUAUGUAGUAUCAUAUUGCACAGUCGCACGUUGGAUUCGUCGAUUCUCCGGUGGACGGGAGUCGUUCUACGAUGAUCAUCGAGUCGGUCGGCCAAUCACCAUGGUUACUCAACGGAACAUCGACGAAAGAUCAUCAGCAAAGAUCAGUGGUAUCCAACCGCACCAUGACAAUGCGCGCUCACAUGUCAGUGGCAUCGUACUUGACUAUCUUCGCGAAGUCAAACUCAGCGUUAUGCCUCAUCCGCCUCACUCGCCAGACCUUCCUCCAUCGGACUUCUGGUUGUUUACACGUCUGAAGCGCAAUCUCGGUACAUAUCCAGAUGCUCGAAGUUUAGCCAGAGCAAUCACCAUGGAGCUCAAUUCGAUUCCCAUUGAGGAGUAUCAAAAGACAUGCCACAAGUGGAUUGAAAGGAUGAAACUUUGCGUUGAACAUCAGGGCAACUACUUCGAACAUUUGAUGUAG